AUACCUGGAUAUGAACUUGAAAAAAUCAUUAAAAAAUAUGUGCCACUGGUAAGCUGAUUCUUCACAGCGGGCCACCUGCCUAAAUGAUCAAUCUAUCAGCCUAGGACUUUGCAUCGGUAAAUCAACAGUAAAAAAAUUGACGAUAAGGUAACGUUGUCAGGAGUGGUAAAUUAGCUGUAUGUAACAUAGACGAUUGACAACGGAGACAAGAAUUACACAAUGGAAAACAACGGAAUUAGUCAUACCAGGUUGUGAGAGAUCGUGAGUCACGCGACUCGAAAUACACAAUCCAAAAAAUAUGUAUCAGGUUGGGAACGAUAGCGCUUUUAAAUUGCAAGGGUGAAAGGAAAAAUGUGUUAUCAUUUCCGAGCAAAUAUUAAUAGCUGAAGGAAAUGGCGAUAAAAUGACUGUUUUUCCCUACGAAAAAUAUUAUUUCUAAAGAAAUUGUGAAGUAAGUGGAAAAUAUCCCUAGAAUGUCGGGGGGUAGCGUUGGAAGUGACAUUUCCUCAGCAUUAGUCCAUCCACCCGGUGCGUCGUAGGCCAAAACAACGAGAAAAAAAAACGAAGAAGGAUCUAUUCCCUCCCUCAUUAUUUCCCCCGAGUGUUUGUGCCCGUGCGGCGUUCUAUUGCGAUCGGAAUACCGAUCGAAUACCUCGAGCGAAUUCCACGGAGCCCCUGGAGUCCGUGCAUAAACGUUUGAAGGUGGAUAAAAAGAGAAAAGAGGAGGGGAUAACGAAAAAAAAAAGAUGGAGUGAAAGAAAAAGGGAAGAAGGAUGUGGGAGUGAGCGCGGGGUCGGGGUCCCUCAGUGGGGCUUAAUAACGAGGCACUCUCGUUACUCGUAGGCAUCAUCGGGCCCGUUUAACACGGCAGCUAAGGCCGCGCGGUAUUAUAUCGGCGCGUCACGGUCGCCACGGUGACUACACGAGUGAUGACUGCUGGGUAGGAGGCUAUCCCCCUUGUUGGUGGGAGAGAGGAGCAAUUUUUUGCUCUUGUACCGCCCUCAAUCCAGGGAGUUCAGCCAACUUAACUCUCCCCCUACCAGUCAGUACAGCAUCCUUCUGCCGCCCGCAAGAAGAAGAAUAAGAGAAGAGUGGAGGAAUCCAUCCAUCUGCUGGCCGCUGGUCAAUUCCACCUCAGCCUCAGCACAUUCCGGCAUUAACAUUGUACAACAAUUUAACCGUGAAAACAAUUUCCAUUGUUUCCGAACGUGAAAAAUUUAAUUAUCCAUUUCUUCACGAUACUUCAUGAGAAAGAGAGAUCGUGCGAAAUUACCACUUUUUGAGGCUCUUUUUUUCUCCUACACGCAUCUCCAUAAUAUUUUAUUUCUGAAAAGGAGAAAAUUGUUAACAAUUGGGAGUUGAAGGUGAGGAGGCCUGAAACGAGGCAUUUAUUGAAGGAGAAAAAAAAAGGGGAGACCGAAGAAGCAGUCGAAGAGGAAGUGGAGAACGGAUACCUUAACGUGGCGCGCAACACCACGCGCAGUCGAUUACGAGCCAGAACACGUUCCGCACGAUUUCGUUUGCCCGCCGCCGCGGCAAACCGUGACUACUAUUUACUCGGAAUUUACAAACUUCUAGUGUAUGAAAACAUUAUCGGUUUGCCUAUAAAACUACGGUGAUAAUUUAUAUUUCCAGCGUGUGAUUUAAUGCCUUUGUGUCACGGUCAGUGGGUGGAAAAAAAAUGAGAAUCAGGCGGAAAAUUGUAACGAGUGAAUGAGGAAAAUUGAAAUUGUGUCAACGGUGCAGUGCCAACCGGAAGUUUAAUGACAGUGAUAGCUUCCCGCCGCUUGCUGAACAAGAUGCUCGAGUUUUCUAUUGAUUAUUGAAAUUUAAAUACCGCUAUCAGUUGAUAAAUCGUGAAGUCACGUGAGACGGACUAUUCAUCGACCGAUAUGCAAGUGAGCUCGCAUUGACUAGUGACGUGCGACUCCACCGGAGUUUUGAAGUUUCAUUCUCAAAAUAUCUUUUCCUCGAGAGAAUUGGAAAGACAUGAGUAAAUGGUGAAUUCGCGUGGAUGACCUUAGACGACCCGGCAUCGAUCGACACCGCCCGCCUUCACACACAUGAUUGCGAUCACGAAAAGCCAACAGCGGAAAUGUUUUCGAAAAUUUUAUUCUGGGUCACUCUGCUAUAUCUUCAGACACUCUGCCUUGGAUUACCAGAGAAUCCAUCGAGUCAGUUUACAAGUACAACGACACCUGCCUCAGUACCUGCUGUGAUUUUAUCACGUAAUGAGUCAUCCCUAGUUUUUUUGGACAUUCCUCAGCACACAGUUACGCCACUGGGUGCCUCUGUCCUAUUAGCAUGUAGAACAGCCGAACCUGUGAUUGACUGUCGGUGGUCGUGGACACCACUACCUCCCAUCCAUCUUCCACUUCCUGAUAUCAAUAAUGCAGAGGAGAUUAAUGAAACAACAGCAGUCAUUGCAACUGUACCACCGACAACUGAGACACAAUCAUUACCAGUCAGAUUGUUUCCAGCCUUCGGUAACAACAGCAAUGAUUGUUCAGUGAGAUUUACUGAUACUCAAUACGAGCAGACAGGAUAUUGGACGUGCGCCGCUAGAAAAUCCAGUGAUGGGGAUUUUGUUAGUACAGAGCCAGCUAGAUUAAGCAUCUCCACCGAAAAAAAUGAAACAAGGAUAAAAUUCGUGGCAGCGGAGGAUGCGGAAGAGGCAGCAGUUGGUUCGUCAGCACAAAUAAUUUGUCGAACACAAACACCAGUGAAGGAGUGCCAAUGGUCUUGGCGACUGUUCAAUCAAAUGGAGCUGCGGAAUUUGGAGGUAAAAAGAUUCACCUCAUUCGGCCCUGACAGCAGAGACUGCAGUAUUAAAUUCAAGAAUGUAUUGCCCGAGCAAGAGGGAUUGUGGACGUGCGGUGCACGUAGUGAUCUCAAUGGCACGUUUGUACUGGGGCAUCCCAUACGUUUUUUCGUAUCUGAAGUGAAAUUCGUACAACUCUCGAGUGGCAUCCAGAUUGCCGCUGGGGAAUCUGCACCACUGAAAUGCCUGGUGGACAAACCGGUCGUUCAAUGCGAAUGGUCUUGGAAACCCAUAAAUUCCACCAGCGAACCGACGGUUAUCAAAAAAUUCAUUCCAAACAGCGAUAAUGAGCACGACUGUUCAGUGAAAUUUAAGAAGGUACUGUAUGAGGAGGAGGGAUUGUGGACGUGUGGCGUUAGGUUGACGAAUAAGGGACAGCUUCAUGAAGCACCGCCGGCUAAACUUACUUUACUACCCGCAAAAAUAAGCUUCGUAGAGAUUCCCCAGAACAAUACACUUGUCGUCAAUACCCAGGAGAUAUUGAAAUGCACAAUGAGUGGACGGGUCGAAAAGUGCUCAUGGCUGUGGCGUCCUUUGAAUGGUGAAGCGGACGCAACAAUAGUGAGAGAAUUUCCAGGAAUGGGAAGUGGUGGAAAAAAUUGCAGCCUAGAUUUUCCUCAAAUCAGGGUUGAGGAUCAAGGCUACUGGGCUUGUAGAGUUUCGGUGGCAUCCACCAAUACACUUGUCACAUCACCAUUCGCUAAAGUGGUCGUCUAUAAGCAAGCCAAACUUGAUUUUUUAGAGCUAUCACAGGACAUUCAAAUAUCUUCAGGAAGCAGUGCAUUCCUCAAAUGCGUCACAUCAUUAUCAGUUGAGCAAUGCAGAUGGUCUCUGACCCCGGUUAAUUCAAACACGACAGUAGUCGUUAAACAAUUUUUAGCAGUUGGUCCCGAGGGCCGUGACUGCAGUGUACGACUGAGUCAUGCUCUCGCUGAGCAAGAGGGUUUAUGGACCUGUGGUGCUAAAGUCCAUGGCAAGGAGAAUUAUACAUAUGCACCACCAGCAAAACUUAGCCUUCUCGAGCAAGAGCCCGUAGCAGUGGCAGUGUGGACGAUUCCUCAUCAAAAAGUUACCCUCGCUUGUAAACUCAGCUCAGCGCCACUGAAUGCCAAAUGCCAGUGGUUUCAUCAUCCUAAUGACAGUAUUGUGCACAAUGCAACUUUACUGAAGAGGCAGGAUAUGAGAAUGAAUUACACGAGUGGAAUGUGUACACUCCAGUUCAAACCAGAUGCUAAUGAUAUAGGAUUGUGGACGUGCAGGUUUUAUAUUGAUACUGAUGAAGGGUUUAUUGAACUGGGAAAUGCUACGUUGAUGGUCAUACAAACCGAACCUACUGAUGGAAUCCUUGGUUGGAUCGUCGGAGCAGUGACAACGUUCAUUCUCUUCCUUAUGAUUCUCAUUGUCGUUCUAGUAGUGUGGAAGGGAAAAUUAUUCAAUAGAGGUCCUAGAGUCCUCGAGACAGCGUCUUUUGAUCACCCAAAUAGUAUGAGAUUAAGAAGCACCGAUAACAGCCAGUCGAGGCGCAAGAAUGAGACUCAAUCGAACGAGGAAGUUAUCCUUGGCGUGAAUGCUAAUUUCUAUGACCCCAUGAGGCAAUAUCACCCCCCUACAUCCAGAAUAUACGAAAGUUUUGCUACAUCGUAGUGGAUAAGUUGGCCAGGUGUAUAUAAAAAAUUAUUUCAGCUAUGACUAAAAAAACUAUUUAUAAAUCCUCAAUUUUUAA